AUGAAUAAUCAGCCGUACCCAAACUUACAGCAGCAGCAGCAACAAUCACAACCACCAAAGCAGCCUAGACCAUCCGCACAUUAUUUGGGAGCAAGUUCAAGCACAAUGCCUCCGUCAUUUCCUACUCCUCCAGCGAACGAUGCAGACUUCGCAAGCACACAAAAAGCAACAUCUGAUUUAAUAUCUUAUAUGGACUCAUUUUCUUAUCCAUACAUCAAGGAUGUUAAGGAUUGUUAUGAGAAACUCAAUAAAAUUGGGCAAGGAACGUUCGGAGAAGUAUUUAAAGCGCGUUGUAAAAGCACCGGCAGAAUGGUGGCGCUGAAAAAGAUUCUGAUGGAAAAUGAGAAGGAAGGUUUUCCUAUUACGGCUCUUCGCGAGGUCAAGAUGCUGCAGCAAUUAAAACAUGCAAAUAUCACAGAUUUGAUAGAAGUUUGUAGUUCAAAAUCGGCACCUAAUAGUCGUGAACGGUCAACUUUCUAUCUUGUAUUCGCAUUCUGCGACCACGAUUUGGCGGGAUUGCUGAGUAACACCAAAUUGCGAUUAUCGAUGGUACACAUUAAGACAAUGAUGAAACAUCUGUUGAACGGAUUGUGCAAACUACAUCGUUCAAAAGUGCUUCAUCGUGAUAUGAAAGCAGCAAAUGUGUUAGUUUCGAAAGAAGGAGUCUUGAAACUAGCCGAUUUUGGUUUGGCAAGGCCGUUCAUUUCACCCAGCAAUAAUCAACCCCGCCAAUUAUACACCAAUCGAGUUGUUACACUUUGGUAUCGUCCUCCAGAACUCUUACUCGGUGAUCGUCAGUACUGCACGAAAAUCGACGUGUGGGGUGCCGGAUGCAUUAUGGCCGAGAUGUGGACACGAAAACCGAUAAUGCAAGGAGACACUGAACAGCGCCAAUUGCUCCUCAUCAGUGGACUUUGCGGAUCAAUUAACAAAGAGGUUUGGCCAGCCUGUGAAACGAUGCCGCUGUGGAAACAAAUGGCCACAAACGACAAAAAUACUUGUCUGCCGCAAGACAAACCGCGAAUGCUUCGCCAGAAAAUGUACUCACUUGUGAAGAUACAAUUUAUCUUUCGAAGAGCGCAAUAUCAAUAUUUUCAGGAUGAUUAUGCCAUGAAGCUUCUAGAAUCAUUAUUAGCCAUUGAUCCGGACAAGAGGCCGCUGUCGGAUGUCGCCGUUGAUGAUGUUUGGUUUUAUAUGAAGCCUGAGGCCAAGGAAAACGUUAAAGAUCUUAUGGAGAGUAUACCGAAUUCUCACUUUGAAUAUACUGUUGGCCGCGGAGCUCACACGAAUCGUGCCAGACAUCAACCACGACCGGCACAGCAACCACAGCGCCAAAAUAUUCCUGCAGGACAGUACCGCGACUUGAUAUUUUAA